AUGGCUGAAGGAGCUUUGUUCCACCUUGCAGAAAAAGUCCUUGAACUGCUGCGUUCCUUAACUCUCCAAGAGGUCAAACUGGCCUCUAGUGUCAAAACAGAGAUUGAAAAACUAACAAACACUGUUACCACAAUCCAAGCAGUGAUUCUAGAUGCAGAAAAGCAGAGUUCUCAAGACCAUCAGAUCAAAGAUUGGCUCAGAAAGCUUAAGGAUGUUCUCCAUGAUGCAGAUGACUUGCUGGAUGAUUUCUCCACUGAUGUUUUGCGACAGAAAGUGAUGACAAAGAAGGUACGCAUUUUCUGUUCAAGUUCUAACCGGCUUACUUUUAGUCCUAAGAUGGGUCAUGAAAUAAAAGCAAUUAGGGAGAGACUAAAUGCCAUUGCAAAAGAUAAGGAGGAUUUUCAUUUUAGUCAAAGCUUCGUUGAGCCACAAGUCAUGAAUAGGGAAAGGGGAGCUUAUUCUUUUGUAUUUGAAGAAGUUGUUGGGAGAGAGAAUGAUAAGGAAGUGAUUAUAGAACGUCUUUUUAAUGAUAAUGUUGUAGAGAAUAUUUCUAUCAUUCCAAUAGUUGGCAUUGGAGGAUUGGGGAAGACAACCUUAGCUCAGCUAGUAUAUAAUGAUGAAAAUGUGGACAAAAAUUUUGAGCUAAAGCUUUGGAUUUGUAUCUCUGAUAUCUUUGAUGUAAAACGAAUUGUUAAAGAAAGUUUAGAACAAUUGACAAAGAGGAAGCAUGAAGGAAGCUUUGAGAUCUUGGAAAAACAGUUUCGAGAAGGAUUUAAUGGAAAAAAAUACUUGCUUGUGAUUCAGAUCAGAAAGCAAGAAAAGGAACGAAGCAAGUGCAGGGAUGAAAAUCUGAUAUAA